AUGAUAAGAAACAAGCUCCAAAUCAAGCAUCAACGCAGCGCUAAGAAUAAACUGAACAGAGGCUCUCCCCCCCGCCAUGAUAACUGGCCUCCUCUCAUUGUCAAACGCCAACAAGAAAAAGGCUGGACCUGCAAGAAGAGCAGUGGCGCAACGAACCAAGAUCUCCAGAACGCCAUCGACGACUUUGGUCUAGCCUUCGGCCUCGAACCCCUAACCGUUAAACCCAGACACUGCUACCAGUCGCUCCGCAUGGGGAAAUACUUCAGUCUCUGCAACUACGGCUACCUGGACUCGACUGAACCCGUGGGUCGAGGAAAUGGGCUAGGGAGUGGGGUCUUCCUGGGGGAAAUGGGUCGUAAUUUGAACGAAAAGAUGCGCGCCAAAGGGAUCAACUCCCACCAAGUCGCCACAAUCUGGGGCGCGGAUCCCGAAUGCCAUCGCAUCGUCCACGAUUUCAACAUGGGCAGCACCGACGCCCUCAUAACGACAUACGCAACGCUCAGAAUCCCGGGCCCUGAAUACCACGGCGAGUGCCACCGAGGCUUCUUGCUCGAGACUUCAAAUGAGGUUUAG